CUUCUGCAGCCGAAUUUCUGACUUCCAACUUCUACCCGCCUUUGGACCCAGGGCAGCUGUGCUCAUUGCCCCAGGGGAUGGAGGACGCCCUGGACACUAGGAUCUAUGCAGAGCCUUCCCCGCCCCAGGCUGAAUCCUGGAGAGUUCCAGGGCCCCCUCAGUUCUCCCCGGUGGCCCAGGGACCAUCCCUGGACACAGCCCGUGCUCACAUGCUGACCCUGGGGCCCCAGCAGCUGCUGGCCCAGGAUGAGGAGGGAGACACACUCCUGCACCUAUUUGUGGCCCGGGGACUGCGUUGGCUGGCCUACGCUGCGGCCGAGGUGCUCCAAGCUUGUAGGCACCUGGACAUCCGUGAGCACAAAGGCAAGACGCCUCUCCUGGUGGCUGCUGCAGCUAACCAGCCCCUGAUUGUGGGGGACCUGCUGAACCUGGGCGCGGAACCCAACGCCACUGACCAUCAGGGACGCUCCGUCUUGCACGUGGCUGCUACCUAUGGCCUCCCAGGAGUGCUCUCGGCUGUGUUUAACUCAGGAGCCCGAGUUAACCUGGAAGCCCGAGACUUCGAGGGCCUCACCCCACUCCACACAGCCAUCCUGUCUCUGAACAUUGCCAUGCGCCCGUCGGACCUGUGCCCCCGGGUACUGGGUACCCAGGCUCAAGACAGGCUGACUUGUGUCCAGAUGCUGCUACACAUGGGUGCGGACCACACCAGCCAGGAAAUCAAAAGCAACAAGACCGUGCUGCACUUGGCUGUGCAGGCCGCCAACCCCACCCUGGUCCAGCUGCUGCUGGAGCUCCCCCAGGGAGACCUGCAGGCAUUUGUCAACAUGAAGGCCCAUGGGAACACAGCCCUCCACAUGGCAGCUGCACUGCCCCCGGGACCUCCCCAGGAGGCCAUUGUGCGGCGCUUGCUGGCAGCUGGAGCGGACCCCACAUUGCGAAACUUGGAGAAUGAGCAGCCUGUUCACUUGCUGAGGCCCGGGCCCGGCCCCGAGGGGAUCCGGCAGCUGUUGAAGAGGAGCCGUGUGGCGCCCCCAGCCCUGUCCUCUUAGGACUCGAACCUAGACCUGGACUGAUUUUCCAGUCCCCUCCGUCCCGUGGGACAGCCAGCGUAUGCUACAGUUGCAAAGCCGUAAUAGUAGCUCACCUGCGUCUUUGCCCCAGAUGUCAGUGGUGACACAUUGGGCUGUCUACCCCAAGGUCCGCAGUUCUAAUCACCAUCUGCUCUGCAGGAGGAUGGGACUCUCGACUCCCCUGAAAAGUUACAGGCCCGGAAACCCACCGGGGCAGUUCAACCCUGUCCUAGAAGGUCGCUGUGAGUUGGAAUUGACUCAGUAGCAGUGAGGUUGCUUGUUUGUUCAGUUUUCAGUAUUCUCAGUGAGUCUCCCCUCCGACCUGAGGGUCCCUGAACCUCUCAAUUAAACUCUGUUUGGACAAGA